CCCGCCCCCCUCGGCUGGCGGAAAGUGGGCGUUUGCUUUUUCCUAAAGCACGGAGAAGUCGCAGUAGUACAGCUACCCCAGCGCGAGACACUGUACUGCACACUCUGUACGUUUUCCAUCCCCUCGAGAAAUGCACGUGAAUAUAUACGCGUCUGUCUUAAGCCUCGUGAGAAGGCUGUACGAUCCGUUCCUUCUGAACGUAACGAAUUGUAGGCGCAGCCAGCACUGAGACGCUUGUGUGGACUGGACAUGGCGAACGGAAAUCUAUACGAUAACCGGCGCAUCGUGGAAAAGUAUCUGAACCACAAACUGUCGAAAAACGGCCACGCGCGGGAGUUCCAUCGGUGCCGCGCGAGCAGCCUGGACGGCCAGGAGGAGCGCGAGAAGGAGAGCUCGCGCCGCGUAACUCUGCACAUGGCUUUGCGCGAGGCCGGUGACGAACUGGAAAGCUUGUACCGACCGGAGUUGGCGGAGAUGGUGAAGGGCCUGCGCGCGACAUCCGUGGGCACGGAGCAGCCGCGGUUCGUGGCCGUGGCGGACGAGCUGUUCCGCGAUGGAGUCAACUGGGGUCGCGUGGUGGCAUUUUUCGAGUACGGCGCGAUGGUGUGCGUGCAGUGCGCUCCGGAGACCGAGAGGAACGCGUGUGCCGAGAACGUCGCGCGCUGGAUGGCCGAGUACCUGAACGGCCCGCUGAACGACUGGAUCCAGGAGAACGGAGGAUGGGAUGCCUUUGUGGAGCUGUACACGAGGAAAAAGGAUUCGGUGUUCAGCAGCUCCUGGCCGUCCUUAACAACGUCCGUCUUCAGUUUGGCGGCACUGGGGGCAGUCGGUCUCACCAUUGGGGCUUAUCUGACUCAGAAAUGAAGAACUCCAACCAUCCUCUCCUCUUUCUCCUUUCCUUCCUCGUUCCCUCAGCGUCUUGGAGAUGCUCACAUCCCGGACGUUUCUUCAAAACCUCUCAUAUUCCUGUCAUAUUCACAUCAUAUUAUAAGUCCUUCUUCACUUUUCCUCAAAAGAACAUGACUCGGGUGCGAAGACAAAAGCUAAGUAACGAUGUGUUCCAAUACAAAAACCCCCCAAAAAACGAGGUGGUUCAGAAGAAACGUUCACUCACCUUGAGGAAUACCGGCCAAGUCGACGAUUAUUCUUCCAUUUUGUGAUCUUCAUUAAGGCUCGAUUUUAUCGGCAUGGUUGUAAAGUUAAUCCGCGUUAACGAUGAGUUCUGCAUUUUCCAGACAAUACGACUGUUUGACACCUUGUUCAUUAAUUUUAUAAGCAACUUUUUGUCUGCUCGAUCACUUCUGCUGCUUCAAUAAUGCUAGCUGAUGUCAUGUUAGCACCAAGCUAACAGUUAGUGUACCUAACCAUAACCUUCCUUUAAUUGCUGGAGUUAAAAACACGCUAACAAAUACGCAAUGUGAACACAAAAGAACACUGUUGCUAGGCAACCAGGGAAAUACAGUCACCAAAGAAUCCUGUCUGGUAUUUGACAGUAAAUGAGGAUGAAAUUAGCUAGCUAAUGGUUACGUAGUGAUGGAGGAAACUGCACAGAAGUAUCCGGAAUGACGACUUUUCUCCCAGAUGUGUUGGUGAAAUCGUGAAGAAAAGACUGUAUGGCGAAAACAACUGUAUGUAGUGUUUAGCAUUCUUCAGUGGGUUAUAGAGAAACGCCAGCGCUGCGUCCCAACUCGAGCGCAUGUGGAAGUGUCUCGGGGACAGUCCGGAAUAUUUUACGGUACUCCUGUUGAGGAAAAUCCAAAAAAGUUCAAAGGUGAGGCAAAAGGUCUCUUGGUCUCGACAGUGAGCGUUUGGACACUACAAGGAUGGCUGAGAAGAUGAAUGGAAAACAUGGUGAGGACGGAAUGCUGCGACAUCAUAAAAUUAAAUCUUUAUGAUGGGCUUUUUUAAAGUUUUUGUUUUGUUUUGUUUUGUUUUUAAGUACAGAACAUUUUUUUGUCUUGCACUUGAUUUUAAAAAAAACAAACAAAAAACAUCCCUCAGAUUUUUUUUUUUUUAAGUCCUGAUGUUCACUUGGAUAACCCCCGCCCCCCCCCACCCACCCCCCCCACCCCCCUGCCCCCCGAUCUAGAGAUGUCCGAUCUCUAGCUUUACUAAGUCUGCAAUGCUUGAUCGGAUCAAGACAUCACUAACACGGCAAAUGUGUAUUUUUGAUGUGGAAGGUUGGAAGUGAAAACGGAUUUCACAUUUUAGCUGCUCUUAGGAAACGUACAUCUUACGCCAACUUUCAAUAUGGCCGCCGCAUCCAGCUGAAUGUCUUUCUGAGAGACUGCAGAACAUUAUUUCUAUCUGUUGUGUCUGUCUGUACAACAAAAUGUCUCUGGUUAAAUGUGUAAGGCAAGUGUGUACAAGUCUGACUACAUGACUGAGAACGAAGGAUGGGAAAGUAACGCUGGUUGGGUCGAUGGGGUGAAGGAUCAGUCGGGGAGGGGGGGGGUGACCACACAUUUUCUUUUCACUUAUUCUAAACGUAGUCCAUCAACAUGAAUUAGAUAUUAGGUAUUAGCUAAUUUUGCCUCGCUAAUCAAGUGAAUGUUGGACACCGAUAUUUAAAGGAGGAAUGAAUGAGGUAUGAAAGAGCAAAACGUUUGUUAGCUAAUGAAGAUGUCUGGAAUGUUUGAGAGAAAAUGUACGUAGGAAAGAGACGAUGAAUCUGGAAAUCUUAAUGAAGAUGAUAAAUGUGUGUGUUUACUGAGAUUAGAGAUCAGAGGUCACAGGAAGCUGGAAGCGACGUUCAAGAUGGCGGACACACCGCAGGACUGACAUACAUGAAAACCAGGACGCGUUAUUAUUAAAAUUAGCCAUUGUUGUUGUAUACUAUGCCUAUACUCCCCAAGACAGUUACUACACCGUCGUUAACAUCUCCCAUUAAUGAAAUUCCUGUCACCUGACCCAACAGAUGGAUUCAGUUGACUCGGCAAAAAGAAAUGAGAGCUGACGUUGUGUAUUAACGGAAACCGUAACCGUAACGGAAACUUUAUUUGGCUAGCUAGUUAAUUAGCUAGUUAUCCGGCUAGUUAUCAUAAACAAUCAGAGGUUCUUAGCUAGGUUCUGUGCUGUCAAUCGAAAGGUGGGUGGGACAGGAAACAGGAAGUAGUAGUAACGAGUAAAUAAUUUUUUUUUAAAGCUAAAGCUGAAGAAAGAAUCUGAAUAUGAAUUUCGUACGUAUUUGAAUUCUAUACACAUCACAGGAAAGACAUUUUUUGCCGAUGUUAUUUAAAAACGUACAAUUGAAAAAUUCAGGUUAGAGGUUUGCGAUUAAAAAAAAAAGAAUAAAUCUGGGAUUCGCAGAGGGAAAAAUAGAUGUCGAACUACCUGAAAUUUAAUUUCUAAUAGUUCGAAUAGCACAUAUACGCUAAUACAUAGCUGCCAAACGUUAGCUAGCUAGCAGCCAAAAUGAGCCGUUUAAUAGGGAUUUAGUUUGUCUGAGUAAAACUUUUAGUGUCUGCUUUUCCCUGGGAAUCCUGAACGCUUCACGUUCUAAAGUUGAAUAAUUCUGAGAUUACGUAUCCUGUCAUUUUGAAUUGUAUGUUGCGUUAAAGGCAAAUCUUACAGAGAGUGAGUUCAAAACGAAGGAGAAGUCACUAGCAAAGAUGUGACUCGGAAGGAGUAGUAUUUCUAGUGCACCAAAAAAUAAACAAAAACUAAACUAGUUUGGGAAAGAACGCUGGAUUGUUAAAUACCUGUAAUGAAUGAGUGUGUGUGUGUGUGUGUGUGUGUGUGUGUGAGUGUGUGUGUGUGUGUGUGUGUGUGUGUGUGUGUGUGUGUGUGUUUUCCUCCGUUUAUGCUAUUAUAAUUAUUACCCUCACACUAACAGAUUUCCUCCUUUCAUUUUCAUUAUUUAUUUAUUCGGUACCUUAACAACUAAACAGUUUUUAAAAUCCCUAUAUUUUAUUUUAUUUUAAAUUUCAUGUCUUGAUAGUUUUUUUUUGUUUGUUUUGUUUUUAAAUCCACAAUUAUAGCUAAUAUAUAAAAACUUUAUUAUUAGGAUCUUAAUUUGCUUCCUAAAAUGCUGCUUACGAUAAUUAUUAAUAGUGAUUAUAUAUAUAUAUAUAUAUAUAUAUAUAUAUAUAUAUAUAUAUAUAUUAUAUAUAUAUAUAAUCAGAAAAAAAGAUAUUUAUUGAACAUUAACGUGUCUUCACCUGUCACUGUAGCAAUAACGUGAUACACACGUGAAACAUAUUCAACGUGUCAUUUUGUCUAGAAUGAUUUUUAUCAGCUGAAAGCAUGUGGAAUCAAAUCCGUUUUUUUUUUUGGUCUGCUGAUGGAAAUAAAGACUUUUUUCUUUUAAA